GCUACCGCAACGAAAUGCAAAAGGCCCACAUUUCAAACAUUAUGCUUGCGUUGACUAUCCUCGAUGGACCGGCGUUAUUACCAGCAUCUCACAACAGUCUCGGAUUUCCCCGAGAUAGUGAGCCGGACAGAGAACUCGCCCUUUGCCUGAUUUUCAAUUUACUGGUUAAGCGAUGAAUACUCCCCCGUGAUGGAGCGCGCGCGCUACAUGGACCCUCUGCACAACAUAGACGCUGUCGUAGCAACGAACGGCCCUUCUUAUUCAUAUCGAUGUAUCAACUAUGCUAAUGCCGCUUAGUUAUCAGGAUCCUGGUAAUGGGAGAAAGUGUUUGAAGCAUCUAGUCCGUACGUCGA